AUGUCCUUCUCUAGCCUUUGCCGUACAUUGGUCUUCCUGGGUGCUUGCAGCAGUGCGUUGGCCUCCAUAGGCCCAGUCACUGAGCUCGACAUCGUCAACAAGGUUAUCGCACCGGAUGGCGUCGCUCGUGAUACAGUCCUCGCCGGGGGCACGUUCCCGGGCCCACUCAUCACAGGAAAGAAGGGUGACAACUUCCGCAUCAACGUCGUCGACAAGUUGGUUAACCAGACUAUGCUGACAUCCACCACCAUUCACUGGCACGGGAUGUUCCAGCAUACGACGAACUGGGCGGAUGGUCCCGCCUUUGUGACUCAAUGCCCUAUCACCACUGGUGAUGACUUCCUGUACAACUUCCGCGUGCCCGACCAGACAGGAACGUACUGGUACCAUAGCCAUCUGGCCUUGCAGUACUGUGAUGGGCUUCGCGGCCCCCUGGUGAUUUACGAUCCCCAUGAUCCGCAGGCAUACCUGUAUGACGUCGAUGACGAGAGCACCGUUAUCACUCUGGCAGACUGGUACCAUACCCCGGCGCCUCUGCUGCCGCCUGCCGCCACUUUGAUUAAUGGCCUGGGUCGCUGGCCUGGCAACCCCACCGCCGACCUGGCCGUCAUCGAAGUCCAGCACGGAAAGCGCUACCGGUUCCGCCUGGUCAGCACCUCAUGCGACCCGAACUACAACUUCACUAUCGAUGGCCACACCAUGACAAUCAUCGAGGCGGAUGGCCAGAACACCCAGCCACACCAAGUCGACGGACUUCAGAUCUUCGCGGCACAGCGGUACUCCUUCGUUCUUAACGCUAACCAAGCGGUCAACAACUACUGGAUCCGUGCGAACCCUAACCGUGCUAACACUACGGGCUUCGCCAAUGGCAUCAACUCCGCCAUCCUGCGCUACAAGGGGGCGCCGAUUAAGGAGCCUACGACGAACCAGACUACCAUCCGGAACUUUUUGAAGGAGACGGACUUGCACCCGCUCACUGACCCACGUGCACCUGGCCUUCCUUUCAAAGGGGGCGUUGACCACGCUUUGAACCUCAACCUCACUUUCAACGGAUCGGAGUUCUUCAUCAACGAUGCGCCUUUCGUCCCUCCGACUGUCCCGGUGCUACUGCAGAUCCUGAACGGAACGCUCGACGCAAACCAACUUCUACCGCCCGGCAGCGUCUACAACCUUCCUCCCAACUCCACCAUCGAGCUUUCCAUCCCCGGUGGUGUGACGGGUGGCCCGCACCCCUUCCACUUGCAUGGCCACGCUUUCUCUGUCGUGCGUAGCGCUGGAAGCACCGAAUACAACUACGCGAACCCGGUGAAGCGCGACACGGUCAGCAUUGGUCUUGGGGGCGACAACGUCACCGUGCGCUUCGUGACCGACAACCCCGGCCCGUGGUUCCUCCACUGCCACAUCGACUUCCACUUGCAGGCAGGCCUCGCCAUCGUGUUUGCGGAGGACGCGCAGGACACGAAGCUUGUGAACCCCGUCCCUGAGGACUGGAACAAGCUGUGCCCCACCUUCGAUAAGGCGAUGAACAUCACGGUUUAA